CGCGACGCGACGUAGACGACGCGCGGCAGCGACGAGAAGCGUCGAACGAGUCGCGGGGGCGACUCGCAGAGCGGGAAGGCCGAACCCGCGCCGGCGUUCGGAGGCGGCGACGUCGCGGAUCGAGGGAUCGCGCGCGCGAAGAAUUCAUCAGCCGUGAUACUACUACAGUAAUCGCUCGCGUCGCCCGCACUUCUCGCCCUCGAUGGCCUUCUCCGGCGGCUUCGGCGUGACGGCCGCGCAGGGCGCGACGAACCCGAACAACGACUUCCAGGUCGCGAACCCCCCAAACGACGGCAUCUCGUCGCUCUCGUGGUCCCCCACCGCGAACUUCUUGGUGUCGACGUCGUGGGACUGCGAGGUGUACUGCUACGACGUCCAAGCGAACGGGCAGGCGGUCCCCAAGGCGUCCAUCAAGCACGACAAGCCCGCGCUGUGCAGCGCGUGGAUGCACGACGGCAGCGCGGUGUUCAGCGGCGGGUGCGAUAACAUGGUGAAGAAGUGGGACCUCGCGACGAACACGCCGACGCAGAUCGCGGCGCACGACUUGCCGAUCCGCCAUCUCGCGUGGAUCCCCGAGGUCGGCCUGCUCGUGACCGGGUCGUGGGAUAAGACGCUCAAAUACUGGGACGCGCGGCAACCGACGCCGACGCUGCAGGUGCAACUCCCCGAGCGGUGUUACGCGCUCUCGUGCACGCACCCGCUGCUCGUCGUCGGGUGCGCGGAGCGGCACCUGCAGAUCUUCAACUUGUCCAACCCGCAGACGCCGUACCGCAGCAUUCAGAGCCCGCUGAAGUACCAGACGCGGUGCGUCGCGACGUUCCCGGAUAAGAGCGGAUACCUCAUCGGGUCGAUCGAGGGGCGGGUGGCGGUGAAUCACGUCGAGGACUCGCUCGCGUCGAAGAACUUCACGUUCAAGUGCCACCGCGAACAGGCGGACAUCUACGCGGUGAACAGCAUCUCGUUUCACCCGAGGCACGGGACGUUCGUGACGACCGGGUCGGACGGCGUGUUUAACUUUUGGGAUAAAGACAGCAAGCAACGGUUGAAGCAGAUGCAGAAGUGUAACGCGCCGAUUCCGUGCGGCGCGUUUAACCGCGACGGGAGCAUCUUCGCGUACGCGGUUUCGUACGACUGGAGCAAGGGCGGGCAGGACCCGAUGGCGUCCGCACAGGGGGGGAAUAACAUCUUCUUGCACGCGACGGAGGAGACGGAGGUGAAGCCGCGGCCGCCGGCGAACCGCGUGGGGGGGAGACGGUGA